AUGAGCGGAGAAGGGAAGGUGGUGUGCGUGACUGGAGCUUCGGGAUACAUAGCUUCAUGGCUAGUCAAGCUGUUGCUUGAGCGUGGCUAUACUGUUAAAGCUUCCGUUCGUGACCUCAAUGAUCCAAGAAAGACAGAAUUCUUGGAGGCACUGGAUGGAGCCAAGGAAAGACUUCACUUGUUCCAGGCAAACUUACUAGAAGAGGGAUCCUUUGAUGCAGUGGUGAUGGAUGUGAAGGCGUUUUCCAUGCUGCAUCUCCAGUUUUGUGCACUAGAAGUCUCAAGUGUAAAGAGAAUGAGUAUUCUAGUUUCUCAGCAGCCAUAUGGAUGUUGCCGACAAAAUGAGAAUGCUGCUUGGGAUUUCUCAAAGGAGCAUGGUAUUGACAUGAUUGCAAUUAAUCCAGGAAUGGUCACCGGUCCCUUCUUGCAGCCUUCUGCCACUUUGAGUGCAGAAGUGAUCUUGAGCCUAGUAAAUGGAAUUGACCCAUUCCCUAAUAUGGUUAUACCAUGGAUUGAUGUUAGAGAUGUUGCAUAUUCACAUAUUGUUGCCUUUGAAAUCGCUUCUGCCAGUGGAAGAUAUUGCGUAGUUGAGAGAACUGCAGGCUGCUGUGAGCUUAUCAGGAUUCUGACUGAACUCUUCCCAACUCUCCAGUUGCCAGAUAAAUGUUCUAAUGGCAGUCCCCUAAUUCAGCUGAAAUAUGAUGUAUCAAAUGAGAAAGUAAAAGGUUUGGGCAUUGAGUUCGUGCCUUUGGAGGUGAGCCUCAAGGAUGCUAUCGAAAGCUUCAAAGAGAUGAAAUUAGUUAGCCUUUGA